AAGCACGUUGUAAACCUUAAAAUUCAGGAAAAAUAUGGAAAAAGUUCCGAAAACCAUUAAGAGGGAGAGCCUCAGCGAUGAGGACUUUAUCCUGGAGGAGGACCCUUCCGAAUUGGAGGUGGAAAAGCCGGAACAUAGCGGCAGUUCCAAUGGGGAAAGCGACGAGGAAGGUCAGCGGGAUCAAAAGAAAGUGGACUCCAUCAUCGCCGAGAUGGACGAGAAGAAGGACAAGGAGCAGGAGGCGGCCGGUGGGCAGGACAAGGAAAGCGAGGAGGACUUGCGCAGGAUGUACGAACUGAGUCUCCUUUCGCCGGCUGCCAUGGCAGCCCACAUCCAGCGCCUGGAGAAGGAGCUCUACGAGCUGAGCCAACGGGAAGCCAGGGAACUCAACCGGAGUAAACACCUGCGCAUCUUCGGCAACUCCCGCCGUCGCUCGAAUAAGUGA